GGUAGAGUGGCGAACCGUGAGGAUGUCUACAUUAACGCUCGGCUGAAGUGAUCGUAAAGCGGCAAUUCGGCAUGAGACAGAGUAGGAAUCUUGCUUAAGGUGGGGUGUGAAGACUCUUCCUUGAUUGAUACACACAUGAUGUUAGUAAGGGCUCAGGUUUCCAUCAGUCCGGAACAUCUCUACUGAUGCAGGCUGCUGCCUGGAUAGAAGUAGACUUCUCUUCGCGAGCAAGCGGUAACAUACCAGGGACUUCACAUAACGGUCAGCGCAGAUCCUACCACCAUGAACAACACAACAUUUCCCUUCGCCCACAACGUGACUUACGGCCAGUACAGAUAUAUAGGUUUACCCCCAAAUCUCAAACAAUCAGUCCCCGUAACAGUCGUAUUUGUCAGCUGUUUCUCACUCAUAUUCCUGAUAAGUCUAGCCGGAAAUCUGCUGGUUUGCCUCGUGGUGGUCAAAGAUCGCAGCCUCCGAAACGUCACCAACUAUUUUGUGGUCAACCUUGCCAUCAGCGACCUUCUGGUCACCCUGCUCGCCAUGCCUGUGACACUCGUGAGUGACAUCCUCUUCGGAACGAUUGGGAAUGUUGCCAGUAAAGGUCAUCCAGGCCUUACCAUCUCGGACACACAAGAACUGGCGGAGGAGGAAGUAGAUUUAGCACUGAAGCAGAUGCGGCUGGGAAAAGCUCCAGGGUUGGACGGUUUACCUGUAGAGUUGUGGAAACUGCCGAAGAAUGGCUUCAGGCCUUCACGCUCUACCUCGGCCCAGAUUCUCGCUUUCCGCCGAAUCGUUGAAGAAGUUCGAAACCACCAGAAGGAAGCUGUCCUUAUCUUCAUCGAUUUUAAGAAAGCAUUUGACUCGAUCAAUCGUGACACCAUGUUUAAGAUCCUACAGGCAUACGGUGUUCCUCUGCAGAUUGUCAACGCAAUUAAGAUUAUGUAUGACAACACUAAGGCUACUGUCCUCACACCCGAGGGAGAAACAGACACCUUUAACAUCAAUACAGGCGUCUUGCAGGGUUGGCGGCUUGGAGAAGUAGUUUGUCAACUGACACCGUUACAGGGUCUGUCAUUGGCCGCGUCCAUCCUAACACUUGUCGCUAUAGCUGCUGAUAGAUACAGAGCAGUGAUUUACCCCACCGCACGGAAACUCAGACCCUGCGAGGCUUUCGCGAUCAUCGGGCUGGUCUGGAUGCUGUCUAUCGUCACCAUGGUACCACAUGCUCUGGUCAUGCAGCUGAAGAAGUAUAUAUUCAAUGACGGUGACGUGAUCAUUUACGUGUGCGGAGAGAACUGGGGAGAAGGCGGCCGCGAGGCGUACACGGUCACCUUCUUUAGCCUGUGUUACAUCCUGCCACUGGUCGUCAUCGCGGUCCUGUACGUGCGGAUCAGCCUGCGGAUCAGCCACCAGCCCAACCUCUUCGGCCUGAGCCACAACAGGAACCCGGGCAUCUCCGCGCAGAAGCUGGAGGUCAUCAAGAUGCUGGUGGUGGUGGUGAUCCUGUUCACCGUGUGCUGGAUGCCGUACCACGUGGUGCUGUUCGUGACGGAGUUCGGGGAUCUGUCCGGCGAGCAGGAGAACGCCGUGCUGGUGUACGCCUACCCGAUCGUCCGCUGGCUCGGCUACUGCAACAGCUGCAUGAACCCCAUCGUCUACGGCUACUGCAACAAGAACUUCCGCAAGGGGUUCAAGAACGUGUUCAGAGUCGUGCGUCCGCAGGAGAAUACCGACAUCCUGGUGGUGGAACCUGCCACGGAGCUCACCACGCGGAGUGCUCGAAGAGCGAGGAUGUCCGCUCUGGUUAUACCGGUUGAUGAUGUGGACGGUUCUCAGUCACAGACCAACGUUCAGCCAGCGUCCUACACGAGCAGAUGCUAAACACGUUGCUAAUUUGCAAAGGAGCGCUAGUUUGCGAAGGUAUACAGUUGUAAAUUGUAAAGAAGAAAGGCCCUAAGAAUAUAGAUAGGAAAUGACAAAAAAGAGGUAAGAUAAAAGAAGAAGAAGAGAAAAUUGUACAUGCAUAUGAUUUUUCGGUAUCACUGCUUCUAAAUGCCCCUAUCUAGCCACCAAAAUGCUCAGGUUGGUGGCCAUAUAAUUAAACUAUUUUCGCUCAACAUUAAGCAAUCAUUGACAAAGUGGCAUAAUGUUCAUCAAAUUCUUUUAUUGUAGGUCAAAACUACGAGCGAUUGAACCCUAUCAUGUUGAGGAAAUGCGAAUCAAAUGAACCACACAUAAACUCCAGUAUAUAACUGCAAUAACAGAGGAGGUGCUUCUUGUAAAGGUUUAAAAAAGAUAUAAACUGUUGUAGGGGACAUAUUGUGACAAAAUUAUGAUAGUAAACAUAUGAGAAAGACGUGGAUAUGUAUCCAGAUGUAACUACGUGUUCUAAACGAACCACCUUUGUCCACCUGAAGGUUACUGGAGGUCUGGCAUUUAUGGUUAGUUAACCUGGAUCGCUACGUGUGAAAUUUCAUACUUACAAGGCUUACAUGAGUUGGGAGACCGUAACUGCCGAAUGAAUUGUCAAUGAACCCACCAAAGUGUGUUCGGCAGAAGUGUACAAAACAGGAUUUAAGCCUAAUAGACUUUAGUAGUUGUUGCAUAACGUUACCUGUGAGGGAAUUAGGAUGCAAAGUGCGAGAAU